GGUGCUGCCCACACUUCUCCUUUGCACCCCUGCGGGACGGUGCAACCACCGAGGAGCAGGACCACCACACGAAGGCAUCCCAAGGGCAGGGUGGGAGCCAGCAGGGCUCAGGGCUUACCCACAUGUCCCAGAGCAUGGUUUAUGCUGACCUGAGGUUUGCCAAAGUGGUGGGGGGCCAGAGCAUGGCCAGCCAGGUGCUGGAGGCAGUCCUCGGCAUAGAUGAGGCAGAGAGCCCCUACGAGAACACGCAGACAGCGCCGGUGGCACAGGAUGAGUCUGAGGACCAGCCCAGCACAGGGCACUGGUCCUGUCGGUGGUGUCUCCCUGCAGGGCUGAUGACAACCUGCCUGCUGCUGCUGGUGGCCACCGUGGCACUGGGGGUUUGCUACUGGCAGGUCACCCGCAGCCUGCGGGACGCCUCCCGGGAGCACGCGGCCGAGCAGGGCCGCCUGGAGCAGGAGCUGAGCGCCCAGGAGCAGCGCCUGGAGCAGACGCGGCUGGAGCUGGUGAGGGCCAGAGGGGAGCUGGGGCGUGCGUGGUGGGACGGCAACAGGAGCCGAGCGGAGCUGGAGCUGCGGGACACGGAGCUGGGGCGCGCCAGGCAGGAGCUGGCCGAGCUGCACAGGGAUGUGCAGCGCCUGCAGGGAGAGCUCAACAGCAGCCAGAGCACCGUGGCCAGCCUGCGCGCCUGCACGGCCAUAGAUUGCUGCCCUUUGGGCUGGCUGCUGUACAGGGGCAAGUGCCUCUUCAUCUCGUCAGAGAAGAAGACAUGGGAGGACAGCAGAGAUGAGUGUGAGAAGAAAUAUUCUCAGCUCCUGAUCACCAAAUCCUGGAGUCGCUGGACUGUGCCGACCUUCCUGAAGAACGCAGACAUCCCGUACUGGAUUGGGCUACAGAAGACCAUCUUCCCCUGGUAUGACUACGGCUGGCUGGAGGAAGGGGACCCCGAUGAAAAGGGGGUCUCGGAUGCCUGGUUCUGGGUGGAUGGCUCCGUUUAUGAAAGGCCGUGGCAGUCGAAGUCAAAUGGGUCCUGUGCCAUAAUAAGCCGUGGGAACAUCAAACCUGCUCAGUGCGCUGGUCCCGAUGACCUGCACCUCUGGAUCUGUGAGAAGGCAGCGGGGCCAAGCAACCCUUUCAUGGGAUGAUGGCUGCUGGCCCAGCACCACUGUGCACCUGCACCCCACAACAGCCUUUGCUUCAGCCUCACUGCACCCCUUCCUGGGAUGUCCCAUCCAUGCGAGCAACCUGCUUCCCUCUUACAUACCCCUACCCAGGUCUUUCCCAGUGCUCCCCAGUGAUGCUCCAGCACCACACGGGCUGGGGAGGCGGCAGCAGUGGCCAUUUGCCCCUGGCUGAUGUGCUUUAGCAGAGCAGUAUGGGCCCUACAGCCCAGCCCCACACCUGCAUGAGGAACACUAGGUCUUUCGGAGCACACGGGCUGGUGUAUGAUGAGUCCAGAGUGGAGCAAGAGCUGAUGACACUCAGCACUGCAACACCCCCAGCACAGAGAGAGCUGUGGUGCUGGCACAUCAGGACAUGGGAUUGGGGAACAGCACAGCCCCACAUCAGGACGGGUCCUCUCCCCACUGCAGGGACCUCCAGCCUGGCCCCAUCACAGGGGCAGCUUGGCCAUGGCUUUCACAGAACUGAGGAAGCAGCAUCCUCAGCGCCCAAGGAGGGAAGCUGCACCUCAACUGCGCUGGCUGUUGGGUUUUUGCUAAUUAGAAAUUAGAGGAAUGACCUUUACGAUUGCACGAUGUGAUGGUGCCUCCUAAAAGCAACUCUGGCACUUGCGCUCGACCGACGUGCAAGACAAGGAAGGUAUCAGGACUUUAAAUAGUCACUACACACAUGCACAUGCGAAGAUUAAGCAAAAUAGCCCUGAUGUAACAUCACCACCAGGCGAGAGCACAGGAAGUCAUGUUCAACCAGGCGAAAAUGUCCUCAGUUUAUUAUGGGCUCAUGAGUGCCAUAUAUAGUUGAUUAAUUGCUAUGUGAAUUAGCU